UCUGUUCUCUGAUUGGUCACAUGGUUUAAACGAGCCAGGUUUGAAAUCGCUAGUACAAGACGUCUGACACGUCUGUGCCUUUUUCUUAGACAAUACGCAAGAUAGCGAAAUCUGGUGAUAAAGACAAGUAUUGUCAAUGAUUGCUGAGAAACUCUGAAAUCGUGUACCGAGAGAAGGGAGCUUGAAGUUGACGCUACAUUAGGUUGAGAUCUAGUGUGUGGUUCUGAAUCUGUCCGUCCCGCCAUGCCUGAAGACAAGGCUAUCCCCGUCCGUGUGGCACUACGUUGUCGGCCCCUGCUGCCCAAAGAGACCAUGGAGGGGUGUCAGACAUGUCUGGAGUUCGUACCAGGAGAGCCACAGGUCCUAGUGCUGGGUACAGACAAGGCCUUCACCUAUGACCACUGCUACAGUAUGGACACCAUGCAGGAACAAGUCUUCCAGGAGGCAGUCUUACCGCUUCUAGAUGGCUUCUUCAAAGGUUACAAUGCCACAGUUUUAGCCUAUGGUCAGACUGGUUCAGGAAAGACCCACACCAUGGGUGGAGCCUACAGUUCCAGCAUAGAAGACGAGUCCGUAGUUGGUAUCAUCCCCAGGGUCAUUCAUCACAUCUUCAAGGGCAUCGAGGAAAGAGACAAGUCAGACUUCACCAUCAAGGUCUCGUACCUGGAGCUCUACAAUGAGGAGAUAAUAGACCUACUGAGUAAAGAGAAGGAGAACAUUGUCAUCAGAGACACCACGUCCGGAGGCAUCUCUAUAACAGGACUGCAGGAGAUCACAGCCCCUACAGGCGAGGACUUGGUUGGCUGUCUGGAGCAGGGGAAUGUCCAUCGUACCACGGCCGCCACUGCCAUGAACGCCACGUCCAGCCGUUCCCACGCCAUCUUCACCAUCAGCAUGGAGCAACGGAAAAAGGACGACAAUGCUGACUACUGUCUGUCGAAGUUCCAUCUUGUGGACUUGGCCGGAUCGGAGCGGGCCAAGAAAACAAAGGCAGAGGGAGACAGGUUUAAGGAAGGAGUGAGCAUCAACAAAGGCCUGCUGUCCCUGGGGAAUGUGAUCAGUGCGCUUGGAGACGACAGUCGGGGACAGAAACAUGUUCCCUACAGGGACUCCAAACUCACCAGACUACUGCAAGAUUCCCUGGGAGGAAAUAGCCACACAGUGAUGAUAGCCUGCGUGAGUCCUGCAGACUCCAACCUGGAAGAGACGAUUAACACCCUGCGUUACGCCGACCGCGCCAGAAAGAUCAAGAACAAGCCUGUCGUCAACAGGGACCCACAGACUGCCGAGCUGCUCAGACUGAAACAAAUGGUACAACAACUCCAGAUCCAACUAAUGCAGGCACAGGGAGGGUCCAUUUCAACGGGGACUGCUGGUGUCAGUACAGGAGAUGUGCAGAAAUAUGUUGCAAAAGCAAAAACAUUAGAGGAAGAGAACAAGAAGUUGACCAGUGAACUCCACUCAGCUGUGGAACAGUCCACCCAGAUGUGUGAGAAAGCUAUCAUGGCUGAGAUGGUUUGUGACAAACUGAAAACGAAGGUUCUAGAACUCAAGGAGCAUGAUGGGUGCACAGCAGACCUGGGACAGCUGAUGUCAGAUGUAGACAGAGAGGAGGUGAAGACUACUAUAGACUGUGUGACAGAACUGCAGCUUAGGAUCAAGGAUCUGGAGACGGAGCUUGCCUCUCCUGGGUUCCUGUACACUGAUGGGGAAGGUGACAGUGGGGAGAAUGGUGAAACAUCAUCCAUGGACGGUGACGAGUUCUCGACAGAGCACGCCCUGCGACAGGCCCAGAUGAACAAGCAGCUGGCAGAGCUGAACAAGGCCCUGCAGAUGAAACAGGAGCUGGCCAACAAGAUGAGCCAGAACGACAACUGUAUGGAGUCAGUCAGGUCAGAGUACGAGGCCAGUGUAAAGAAACUUGAGGAUGAAGUCAGCAUUCUACUGAAGGAGAAGGAAGAACUCUGCUCCAUGCUGCAGGCUGCCAAGAGCAACAACUCUCUCAAAGUUUCUGAACAGCGAAGGAAACGUGUGAAGGAGCUUGAGACCCAGAUCGGACUGUUGAAACGGAAAAUCACCGACCAUAACAAGAUGGUCAAACUCAAGGAGCAGAGUGACAAGACAUGUACCAAACUCAACAAGGAAAUACAGUCCAUCAAGCAGCAGCGGGUGAAGCUGAUGAAACAGCUGAAGGAGGAGGCAGAGAAGUUCAGGCGAUGGAGACAGGAGAAAGAGAAGGAAGUCAUACAGCUCAAACAAAAGGACCGUAAGAGGCAGUUCAAGUUGGUGAAGCUGGAGAGAGACUACGAGAAGUCACAAGCUGUGCUCAGGAGGAAAACUGAGGAGGCAGCAGCUGCUCAGCGAAGACUCAAAGAUGCACUCUCCAAGCAGAAGGAAGCAGCCCAGAAGAGGAAAAUGACCAACGAGAAGACAGACUAUAAAGGCUUGGGCACGAGAGUCAGGACAUGGCUUGGUGAGGAGCUGGAGUUCUUAGUGAGUGUGGGAGAAGCCAGGAGACACUUGGACAGUUUGCUGAUGGACCGUAGGGCAUACUCCCUGCAGCUGCAGCAGCUGCGUCAGAAGCUGGAGGAGAGCCAGCCGCCCAGGAAGAGGUCCCGCUCGGGGUCGGAGAGCGAGGGGGAGGGGGGCACCGCAUGGAGGGAACAGGUGCACCAGCAGGUGGAGCAGCUGGAGCAGGACAUACAGUGCAGAAAUGCCCAGAUCGCAGACCUCCAGCAGAAGCUGGUGGAUGCAGAUGUAGAAGAGAAGGCCAAGUCUCGCUGGGAGAACAUGCGCUCCCUAGUGGAGGCCAAGUGUGGGCUCAAGUGGCUCUUAGACAAGUUGGUGGAGUCCCAGAUAAACGCGAGCACGGCAGACGGGAAGGUACAGGAACUGCACACCAACCUGAACGAGACCGUGAUGGAGAUGCGCCGCUACCAGUCCGAGGUCAACGACCUCAAGUACCAUCACGAGGAGGAGAAGACCACCCUGCAGAGGCAGCAUGAAGACAAGAUCCUGUACCUGCUGCGUCAGAUGCCAAGUUCCCGCGGCGGGAGCACCGCGGGAACAGCGGAGGCCAACACCAGCCAACGGGAGACUGAGCUGCUCGACAAGCUGGAGUUCCAGGAGAAACAGAUAGCCGACCUGAGCCACAUGCAUGAACAACUAGAGGAGAUGCGCAAAGAGAAUGAGAGUCUCAAGAAGCAAGUGACCCUGGCCAGCUACAAGGGGAAGAAACUUUCCCUGAUGCCUGAGAUCAACAUGUCAGCUGUCCCUGCAGUACAGGGUCCCGCCAAAAAUAAAGCAAAGCCUAAAGGAAAGAACAGCAAGCGCAGGACCAUGACCAUUGAGGCGGCGCCAGUUGAGCACUACUCGCUGGAUGAGAUCCUGAGCAGUGACGAAAGCGACGUCGAUUUUACUGAUGACGUAGAGGCCGACCCUGACUGGAGGGCCACCCCGCUCGCCAAACAGCUGGCCAAGAGACGCAGACGGGUCAGGGACGGUGCUGCAGCCAUACCUAAGCCACGACUCCAGACGUUCUCGAUAGGAACCAGCGACAGCGACUCUCACCCUCCCUCUGACAAGCGCGAAAGUUCCGAGUACGAAGACUGCUUCGCCGAAGGCAUCAAGAACUUCCAGAAAAAACAGGCUACAAAAGUACAGGACGAAAACAAGGAAGUCAAACCGCCAAGGAAGCCAAGGGGGAAGAAAAGUUCCACCUCAAACGCAAAGAAGCGGAGCAGCGAAAGCCUUGUCGCUGACGACAGUACCGAAAAUCCCUUGUUUGCGAAGAAAGACACUGUACCAGAGUUAGGUAAAGGUGGGGAGAAGAAGAAAAGGAAGUUGUUGAGAACCACUUCGGAUAAUGGGUUCUUUGGUCCGCUUUCCUGAACAGUGUAAUUUUCUUAAUGCUGCUACCUAAUAACCUCCAUCUGUGCAUACUGCCAAAUGUUUUUGCAAAUAAGCAUGGGACACAAUGGUAACUGUUUCUCUUGAAGAUAAAAGAAAAGGAGGAGGAUAUAAAUGUUGACAACACAAACAAGGUCUGAGUGCAAGGGAAGGCCUGUAGUGAACUAAAAUUGGAUCAGUGCUCUUAUUUUUGGUGACAUUAUUUCUACUGGUCAAAGGUGCCGUAGUUUGAUCCAGUCUUGCAUCAAACUUGCAAUGGUGAUUCACCACUCAGCCUUCACUGUUUUCUUAUUUUGCUGCACUUAGUUUAUGAAUAUCUUUCAUGUAUGCACAACUUUUUCAUAUUUUUGGGAUACAUAAUUGUGUUUUUUGUACAUAUUUCUAUGCAAUCACUGACCUCUAUAAGUUUAAUAUGAAUUCUGAAUCUUUGUCCAUACUUUACCCUUACUGUACAAUUUCAUCGCAAAUUUCUUUUGCGAACCAACUAAAAUCUACAAGAAACACAGAUUAUAAUAUGUUAGAAUAACUGAUUUUCAUGCUAUCUUUAUCUUCUUUUAUACAAAAAUAAAAGCUGUUAUUGAUCAAGGAGAUAACAUGUUAGCUUGAAGAUGCUCUAACAUUUUUAAUUAUUCAAAUUAUCAGAAUUAUGACUCCCAAUAUUACAAGGAAAUGGGCCAUACUCAUGGUAGUUUGAAGAUGUUUUCAAAUUAUCGGAAUUGUGAUUCUCUUUUAUUUGAGAGUAAUACUGUGACCUCAUCGAGUCUUUCCUUAAAAAGACCUACCUAUGUCCAGUAAGAUAAUCCUUUAGAUGAAAGUCGGAUACUACAAACUUUUAAUUAGGUUGUGUGUUUUAUGAAAUAAAGACUACUGUAGAUUUA